AUGGGCAAGGAAAACCAGACAUGGGUGAGUGAGUUCUUACUGCUGGGGUUAUCCAGCGACUGGGGGACUCAAGUCUCCUUGUUUGUGCUGUUCCUGGCCAUGUACUUGCUGACCGUCCUAGGGAACCUGCUCAUCAUCCUCCUCAUAGUGUUGGACAGCAGGCUCCAUACACCCAUGUACUUCUUCCUCAGCAUCCUGUCCUUUGUGGACAUCUGUUACACCAACAGCACGGUGCCCCAGAUGCUCAUCCACUUCUUGUCAGCCUGGAAGUCCAUCUCAUUUCACAGAUGUGUGAUGCAGCUGUAUAUCUCCUUAGCAAUGGGCAGCACGGAGUUCUUCCUGUUAGGUGCUAUGGCCUAUGACCGCUACGUGGCAGUGUGCUACCCUCUGCACUACAAGGUCAUUAUGCAUGGAUGGCUGUGCCUGGGAUUGGCUUCGGCUUGCCUGACUGCUGGUCUCACAAACUCACUAAUGCAAACCGUCAUGAUCUUCCAGUUACCCUUCUGUCAUAAGGUCAUCAAUCACUUUGCCUGUGAGAUGCUGGCUGUGCUAAGGCUGUCUUGUGUGGACAUCUCCCUCAACAAGGUCAUGGUGGCCAUCUCGGGAUUUCUGGUGAUCAUGCUUCCCUGCAUCCUGGUGCUCUUUUCCUAUGCUCACAUAGUCGCGGCCAUUCUCCGUAUUCGCUCUUCCCAGGGCCGACGCAAAGCCUUUGGGACUUGUGCUUCUCAUCUCACGGUGGUUUCCAUGUGCUUUGGAACAGCCACAUUUACUUACAUGAGGCCUGUGGGCAGAUCCUCAGCGGAACAGGAGAAGAUGGUUGCUCUCUUCUAUGCUGUAGUGACCCCAAUGCUCAAUCCCCUUAUCUACAGCUUGAGGAACAAUGACGUGAUCGGGGCUUUAAAAAAAGUAUUGGAGAAACUAAAGGAAAAAACUAGAUGA